CUUCUUUCUCAUCAUCCCCCCUUCUCAUUUACCGCACAACACUCAUCAUGUCCGAGAUCAAGACCUUCACCAUCGCCGACUUGGCCCAGCACAGCUCCAAGAGCAGCCUCUACCUCGCUGUCGGAGGCAAGGUCUACGACUGCACUGAUUUCAUUGACGAGCACCCCGGUGGAGAGGAGGUCUUGAUUGACGAGGCUGGCAAGGACGCGACUGAGUCCUUCGAGGACGUCGGACAUUCGGAGGAGGCCCGCGAGAUUAUGCACAAGAUGUAUGUCGGAGAGUUCAAGGACGAUGGUGCUGGAAAGAAGGCCAAGGCUACGUCCUCGAUGACUCCUAAGCCUAUCCCUGCGGGCGAGAGCUCGGACUCUGGAAGCCGCUCAUACAUCGUUGCCUUGGCUGUUGUUGCUGGCUGCGUGCUCUGGAAGUUCUUACUGUAAAAGAAACCAACUUGCUCUCUUUACAUAUCUCCUCCAUUUGCUAUUCUACGUCAACUUAGAGUCUUAGAUACGCUCUAAGCUUCAAUAAACAACAUACUUAGUAAUCAC